AUGUAUAACGACACCGCAAGUGACUUCUUUUUUACAUCUUGUGACAACGACUAUUCACUCGAGAUGACACGAUUUAUCGUCCAAAAGAUUAUAGUGCCUUUUAUAACAUCCAUCGGAUUUGUUGGAAACCUCCUCUGUAUUAAUGUUCUGACUCACAAGUUCAUGGUGUCGUCUACGAAUUGCUAUCUAACCGCGUUAGCCGUAUUUGAUAUUUCUUACCUGAUUUUUAGUUUCACAUUGAGUUUAAAACAUUACGCUGUUGUGAAGAGUUUGGAAGCCUAUACUUACUGGUAUCCCUACGCAAGAACGUUAACAGACAUAUGUAGCAACGUGUCCGUAUGCCUUACUGUAACAUUUUCCCUUGAACGCCUGAUUGCUGUGUGCUAUCCAAUAAAGGGAAGAGUGAUAUGUACGCCUCAGAGGGCAAGAUUUAUUACAUUCGUAGUUGUAACUUUUGCUGUUAUAAGCACAUUUCCGGAAUUUUUCGAAAUGGAAACGGUAAGGAUCGAGAACAACAAUACUGUUGUAAUUAAGAACACGGAGACAGAUUUCGCCAAAACCGAUGCCUACAAAAUCAUUUACUACCACUAUUUGGUGUUAACUUUCACAUUCCUGCCAUUCAUUUUAUUGUCGACCUUUAACGGCAUUUUAGUGAGAGCAGUUUACUCUGCACUGAAAAUCAGAAAGCAUAUGACAAAUUCAUAUUCUUCAUAUAAGCAAAACGCCCGUCGGCAAGCGGAACAAAAUAGAAUCACAAUUAUGCUUAUUGGCGUAGUCAUAGUUUUUCUUCUGUGCCAGUCGCCAAACGCUGCAUUGUUACUUUAUUUGACUUACCUUGACUCUCACGAUAUGCGUCUAACUGCAUGCGAAGCAAACAACGUGAAGAUCGCCGGAAAUAUUGUUAAUCUGAUGGUACGUAUCAACGCAUCGAUAAACUUCAUACUUUAUUCAGUUAUGAGUACGAAAUUCAGACGUGUUUUCUUGUUAUGUUUCUGUGAACGAUAUGGGCUAAAUUUCUUUACAAGAACGGAAACAAGUUCGUACAAUGGCCAUUCGGUGAAAGAGGCGGAAAUGCCUCUCCGUUUUCGUUCUAGAAGACGCCACAACUAUGGUUACAGUCCCUACAAGCACGUGCCUGUUCAAACCAAGAAUAAUUGUAGAAUCGUUGAAUACUACCAAAAUAGACGUUUCGAACAGAAACAGUCUCUUACAGUCUUUAAAACUACAAUAUCCAGUUCGAGUUUGCAUAAUGCCUCGUGCUCCUCAAAUGAUGACGAUACGUUUACACCAAUAGUUAUGAGGAAAACAAAUAAGCAUAGAGCCAAUGGAUCAACGCAGUGUCAAAGGUUAAGAAGACAUUACAACAGCAAAAGUAUGAGGCAAAUUGCUUUGUCUGACGAGAAAAGAUCGAAAGGUUCCAACGGAACUGAAAGAUAUAAUGACGUUUAUUUGAUAAAGCUUUCUCUAAAUGAUGGCAUAUCGAGAAGACAACUUGCAAUUCAAGAUACAAAAAUAUAG